UUGGGACUUUGUGCUACUCUGGUGGCUGAACUCCUCGACAUUCCCAAUGUGGUCAUUGUUUCAAAUCCUCCGAGCAAUUUUGACAGUUCUAUGUACAGGGUGCCAAUGCCUUCAUCAUACGUUCCUUCACGUCUGUUACCGUUUUCCUGUGAAAUGUCAUAUACAUAGCGUGUGAUAAACUUUUUUGUGGUCAACAUUUUUCAGUUUUCAUUGGAAACUUUGUCUGUCAGAUCCUACAGCUCUCUGAAGGAAAAAUACAAUAUUACUCCUGAAGUAAGCUACCGUGAAGCUGUUGCCAGCGCUGAACUUGUGCUUUUUAACGGUCAUUAUGCGGUUGAGUGUCCACAAUCUCUUCUACCAGGUCAAAUCAUAUUGGGUCCCAUCGCUGUCAAACCUGAACCAGACCCACUCCCCCCUGAUUUGGCAGAUUUUAUUAAGGAUUCAGGGGGACAAGGGUUUAUCAUUGCCUCUUUUGGAUCGUAUGCGAAAAUGACUAUUUCUAACAGGACGAUCGAUGUUUUGGCAGCGGCUUUUGGAAAGUUGAAGCAGAAAAUCAUCUGGAAACAUAAAGGCUACAUUCCGUCAUCUGUCGGUCCAAAUAUCAAAGUAGUGAAUUGGAUACCACAGAAUGAUCUGUUGGCUCACAAGGAUAUCAAAGCUUUUGUGUCUCACGCCGGAACUAACAGCUACUAUGAAUCAGCAUAUCAUGGGGUGCCUGUGGUGGCUGUUCCGUUGUUUAUAGACCAUUUUUCUAAUGCCAGAAAAGCAGAGUACUUUGGAAUAGCAACAGUUUUAGAUCAUCAAACUAUGAAUGCUGAAGAGCUCUUUGAGGCUAUACAGCUCGUGAUGAAUGAACCAAG